AUGGAAGACCGCCAUUUGAAGCAGAGACGGAAAAAAUCUAGAACUCCAUUACCUGCCGUUGACGUUGAUGACUACUUCAUAGAGAGCCAAGAAAAACCCUCUUGUGUCCUCGCUGGGGCUGCAGAGGCAGAAGGUGGGAAGAGCAAAAAGAGGAAGACCCUGGAACUGGACAAAGAGCUAGAUGCCUGGGCAUUGAUCGAUGAAUUGGAGACGGUCCAGGAGUCCCAGGGAUCCCAGAGAGCAACGCUGUUUAGCAACGAUGCAAAUUAUAUUGACGAGCCAUCUUUCAUCACUUCAGACGACGAUGAGCCUAUUGAUUUGGCUAAUUUGAAUGAAUCUUUCAAUGAAGCUUUUGAAUCUGCCCAACAGAAAUCAAUAAAAGGAAACGAGCAAUCAAUGCAUAGUCAUGUCAAAUAUCAAGAAUCUUUAAAAACGUAUUCAUCUACGCGGUCAUUUUUGGAGAAUGACGAGAAUGAACCAAAUGAAAUACACCAGCACACAUCUGAAGCAGGUCGCAAGGACACUAUACAAGAUAUCAAUGACCUAAGAAAUUUAGGAGUCACAAACAAAAUAAAGGACGAGUAUCAAUUCAUGUUGGAAUCUUUCGAAACCGCAGAUGAGUCUCUUAUGCAAGUGACAUUGUUUGAUUUGCUACAAAAGUUGCAAAGUGAUCGGAAAAUGUUGAGUUACUUCCAUCAUAUGGGAUUCCCCAAACCUCUGCUGGAGAGUGCUCACUUAAAGAAUGAUCUCGUAUCGAAAUUGAUUUUUGUGAGCAUAAUAAUUUUUAUGUCCAGUCAAGAUCUGAGUAUGACCUCAAUACUAAACUCAGUUUCCAAUAUAAAUGACUUUUUGAUUUUCUCUAAUGCUUAUAGAUGGCCUGAUAAAUGCUCUAGGAUGAAGAAAAAGCUGGUUCUUGAUUUUCAAAAGAUUCUCCACAAGUUGAUUGGAGAUUCCUCGCUUACGACAAUCACUCUUCACCUUCUAUUGUCAUUGGCAAAAACCAACUCUUUGUGUUUAUUGGAGCGGGAAUCUAUUCUCCAAUUAGAUCAAAUAAUAUUGCAUUCAAUCAAGGAGCGGGAAUUUGAACUUCUUAAUUUGGAAGCAACCAUUUUGGAAUCUCUAAUCACCAACUCAGUUUCUACGAUAACGUUAUUUACCAGCAUUGAAUCUUUAGUGGAACUAUUGUUUUCAAACAAGCCACACCAUGAACUCUCUAAACAAUCCAAGGCACUGUUUAGCUCAAUAACUGCAAUUGGAGUCAUUUACACGAAAUCAAUGACCGAAGAUGAUAAACUAUACAACACUUUUCUAUGUUCUAAAGCAGUUUUAUCUUUGCUUUCCACGGUACGUUCCUCACACAUUUUAAGCAAUCCCAACUCUGUUCAAUCCAAAGAUGUCCAAUUAUACACUUGGGGAUGUUUUAGUCUGGGCUGGUUAUUGAAUAUUUCAAAAUUUCCCCGUUGCUUCAAAUGCAUAGACCAAUACUCAGUAUCAGUCAUCAAUUCAGUGCUAGAGUCCAUGAAUAGUUCAGUUGAUUUAAAUACUGGAUAUUUUAGCAUGUUUGUUGGGAGGCUAUACCAAGCAGAUGUGUUGGUGUACAACCGAGACUCUCCAAUAUUAUACAACCUUCGGACUUUCAAGAAACUAAUUACAGUAAACACUUUAAAUGCGCAGGCCGACUUGAUCAUCAAAGAUCUUGAAAGGAGGAAUUAUUAA